AUGGUCGACAAUCCUGAUAAAUUAUGUACAAUUUGUUUACGUAAAUUUGCUUCUUUACUAAAAUAUGAUGAAUCAAUAUGGAAAAAACAAAUUGAACAAUGUAUUGAUCAAAUAUAUCAAGAAGAAAAAGGUCAAUCAACAUUAAAUGAUCAACGAAAACGAAAAUACCAUCGAACCGAUGAAGAAAACAUCACUCUACCAACAAAUUUUAGUAUCUAUGAGGCACAAUUUAAAUCUAUCAAUCGAUCUUCGUUUCUCGAACAAUUUCUUCGCGGAAUCUGUCCACUUAAUUCCAUACUAUCUGAACGUCUUGCUAAUUAUUUAGUACGACAUAAUCAAUUGAAUGAUUUCACUUUAACAUUUUUCUCAUCGGAUAUUACAUGUUUGAAACGAAUUGUAUUGAACGUCAAAUAUCUUAGUCGAUUACAAUGUCACAUGCUUAAUCAACAUCCAUAUUUAACUGAACUUAAAAUUAUUUUUAAAGAUACAAAUUCUAAUCGAUCAAAUAAUACAACAAAUGAAUUAUUUUAUCAACAUAUAUGUCCAUCAAUAAAUUCAAAAUUUGAGGAUAUUUAUACUGUAUAUGGUUCAUUAAUUUUACAUCAUUUAUAUUGUCGAUUACAAACAGAUUCAACUAGAGUAUCUUUAUCAAAUCGAUAUUUAUUUCAACGAUCACCUACUCUAUCUGAAGGAUUUUCACAUCAAAAAUUAUUAAAUUCGAUUUUAAAUAGUUUACAUCCAUCGACAUUUGAACGUUUAAAAAUACUUAAUAUUGCUCAUUAUAAAUUUUUUGCUGCUUAUCAUUCAACUGGUACACGAAAACAUUCUCUUGCUGACAUGUCACCUUUGACUAAAUGUUCGACUAAUUCUGCACCAAUAAUGACAACAACUGUAAAUAUUCUUCCAAUAAAUUUUCGUCUUAUACUCAAAUUUACAAAUUUAACAUCAUUAAAUAUUAGUAAUACUGAUAUCAAAAAUCAUUGCCUUGAAAAUCUUAUUGAUUCAUUAGAAAAAUUAGAUACACUUGAUAUAUCAUUAUGUCGUUCAAUAACCACAUUUAAUUGUCUAUUAAAAUUAUCAACUAAAUUAAAAUGGUUAAAUCUAUAUAAUUGUUCACUAAUCUAUCAAAAAGAUCCAACAAUUUAUCAAAUUUUAUACGAAUUAAAAUCUCUUGAAUAUCUCGAUAUAAGUACUGAUAAUAAUAAUUCAAUCAAUGAUAAGGAAUAUGAUAUCAAUAAAUUUUUAUUAGAAAAAAAUUGUUUAGUAAAUUUAAAACAUUUAGAUUUAAGUGGACAACAAAAUAUUUUAUCAAAAUCUUUGUAUGAAUUUUUACUUUCUCAUUCUAAUUUACAAUUUCUUGGUUUAUUUUUAACACACGAAAAAUAUUGGAAAUGUUUAUUUGAUUCAACUGAUUUAUGUUAUUCGAAAUCACGUCAAUAUACAUAUGAUUUACAUGAUAUUAUACCUUUAAUUUUAACUGAAGAUGAUUUUAGUUUUCAUGAAACAUAUCUUAUUGAAUCAUUAAAACGUUAUUAUGAACGAGCACAUUUUGUACAGAAAAUUCUUUAUCAUAUUUUUUUUAUCACACGUUCGUAUCAAUCGAAAAAUCAAAUAAUUCUUAUUGAACUUAUUCUUCAUACAAUGUCAAUACAUCCAACUUUACAAACAGUUCAAAUGGCAUCAACAGCAUGCAUUUAUAAUUUAACUCGUACACCGUUAACUGAACAUAUUAAUGUUAAAUGUUUAGGAAAAAUUGUUCAAGCAAUAACGAAUGUUAUGGAAUUAUAUCCUAAUCAACAACAAUUACAAAAAAAUUGUCUAUUAACAUUAUGUAGUGAUCGAAUUUUACAUGAACCAAAUUUUAAUUUUUAUCUAUUAGCAUCAUUAGUUAUGAAUACUUUACAAAAUUAUUCAGAUUUAGCAAUUGUACAACCGGGUGUUGCUAUAUUGGCUUUAUUGACAACUAGGUUAACAAUCGAUGAAUGUACACGACUGGGUUCUGCAACAAAUUUACAACGUCUUAGUCAAUUAAUUGAACAACAAAUAGAUCGUUUACAAACAAUGCAUAUCAGUCAAAAUCAUCAAAUCAAUGAUACAUCUGAUCAAGAAUCAAAUGAUCAUCAACAAUUAACAGGUGAUGAUACAUUACGUUUUUGUUUAAGUCUUUUAUGGAAUUUAACUGAUGAAAAUCCUAUUGUAUGUGAACAUUUUAUACAUUCAAUGGGUUUACAAUUAUAUCAACGUCUUAUUCAUUUAUUUUCAUCGGAUACAAUUGUAUUAACAAAAAUUGUUGGAUUAUUAAGUAAUAUAUCAGAAGUAUCUCAUUUAAGAAUUUAUUUAUAUUCUAUUGAUAUUAUAACAUUAAUGCAAAGAUUUUUAACUGAUGGAAUUACUGAUAUAGCUUUUUCAGCAGGUGGUAUUCUUGCACAUCUUCUAUUUGAACAAGUUAAUCAUGAAAUUAAUAUAGAAUUAUGUGAAAAUAUGAGAAAUGCUAUUUUAAAAUGGCAAAAUCCUGAUACGAAUAUGGUUACAUACAGGUCAUUCAAACCAUUUAUACCAUUACUUCAUUGUACACAGAUUCCAGUCGUACAAUUAUGGGCGAUUUGGGCUAUUCAUCAUGUUUGCAGCACAGAUCGUGCACGAUAUAGUCGAAUAAUUCGUGAAGAAAACUUAUAUGAUUUAAUACAAAAAAUAUCUAAUGAUCAAAUAUCAUUUGAUCAAUCAGAUACAUUUGUAAUUCAAUUGCUCAAUUCAAUUCUUCAUCUUCUUAAACCAUAUCGUUCAAAACAUCAUACGAAUUCAUCUGCUGUUGCAAGUUAA